AUGUCAUCUGCUCCUGGGUUGUUGUUGGAUACAAAUGCUGAAGAAGAGCCUAAAACCCCCUUUUCAAAACGCAAGGAAGAGGAUGCUGAUUUACCCGACCUAACAUCAUCCUCCAAGAAAAUGUGCACCAAACAGAUCAAAAAGGAAAAGGCAAAAUCUGAUUGA